GCGCCGCUGCUCUCUGCCAGCGGCCGACAGAGGAGGCGGGAAGGGCUCAGACAUGCGUUUCCUGCCCUCAGCGUGCCAGGCGUCACCUACAGCUCCGGCCUCGAGGCCACUCCAGGUAAGGGAUGGGCCCUCCGAGGCCCAGAUCGUUUAAAGGACAGGGCUGGUGAGAAGCAAGGAAACCCCAAGAAUCUGGGAAGAACUUAAAAUCAAGCCGUGGGUUCGUGUCUACUGAAUGCCUACCACGGGCUGGGCAUGGCGUUCGGCCCUGGGGUGAGGAAGCAGCCUGCGUCCUGCCCCCCCUCUGCCCACGAGCGGGCAGCUCUGCCCCGCCACCGCCCCUCAGGAACCAGAGGCAGCGCAGGAGGGAGCCUUCAUGGAGAUUCCUGUUCUGUCUGCUCUGCGCCCCAGAACGACGGCCUCUCCCUGGGCUGCUGGGAUUUUGUUUUUCCUUCUCUCCCUUCUGCCGCUAACACAACAUCUGGGUUUGAGAUCAAGGGUGAUACACUGGCUGAUGAAUCCACCGCCAGAUGUUGGCUACUGGAAUGCACAACCAACGACUUAAUUCAGAGCACACGCAACCGCAGAGCCCCCGGCCCCACCCCUCGGGCCAUGGACACCAGAUGAUGUCACUUCCCCCGCGAGGAGCCUGCAAAAACAAUCCCUCGUCCACCCGGCCAGAUUUGGGACGGAAAAGAAUGGGCGGGUGGAAAGUCGAGGCUGCGGACGGCAGUCCGAGGAACACAGGCUGCGUUCAGACUCCGAGAGAUGACGACAGCCCGUGCCAAACCCACGGAGGCCGGGCAGGGCCGCGGUGCAGGGGGAGGGGACGGGGAGGGGGCUGCAGGAGACCUGGGGUGUCCCCAGCACACGGUGUGGCCAGGACCGCCCCAGGAGAGCAACACACUCGACCAGCCCAAGUCGAGUCAAGCCACUCUCCCACCCCCACCAACAUCCGGGCCCCCCUGUAUCUUCAGAUCGUACUGGGGAAGCAACGGAGAUUAAGGACAAGCCAGGAGCAUCGUCCGUGGGGGGGCCGGACCACGAAGGACGACUGCCUCUCGGAAGGUCAUGUAUUUCAUGCUCACCGACUGACCCUGAUUAUCUUGCCACGGGCCAGCUGCUCCUGGAGGACGGCCACGUGCUACGUGUGUGACGGCAUCCCGCAGGACCUUCCCCCAGGGGACCACUCGGCCCGGCUGGGCUCCCAGCCCCAGAGCACGGAGCCCUGCCUGGGAUUACGGAGGGACCCCUAGUGCUUGCCUGUAACUGAAUCAUCGCAGUGGGCUGUGGGGGGCAGAGUGAAGAUGUGACCCUUUGUGAU